AUGGUGGCGGCUAAGAUCGAGGAUGAUAGUGGUAUGGUGGUGGUAGUGGUUGAGUAUGGUGGUGGUGGUGGCGACAUGUUCCAACUCUAUUUAUCUCAAUCUGAAUGGGAUUUUGAUUCGAAAAUCAGCCAAUGGCUGAGUUAUGCUGUGGAAAACAAAGUGGAAGAUCUUGUAUUGUAUUCAGUUGGUGAAGGUGUCACUUACGAAUUGCCUCUAUCUAUCUACACUUGUUCGUCAUUGGAGUUAAGCGCAUGGGUGUUUGAUGAAGGACUGGUCAUAGCUUGGAACUCUCUAAAGAGCCUAAAGCUGGAUCUAAUAGGGUUAGAUGAUGACGAUAUUGUGAACUUACUGUCAGGUUGUCCCGCUUUGGAAACUCUGGGGUUUUCUUACUUUUGGGGAUUUCGUCGUCUUGAAAUUACUUCGUCCAAUUUAAAGAGACUAAUAUUGGCAGACUAUUCCAGUUCUCAUGGCGGAAGAUAUGAUUCUUUGGAAAUUAUUGCCCCACACAUUCAACAUUUUGAGAUUUCAGGAGAUCUUGGAUAUCUCAAGUGUAGGCUAGUAAAUGUCUCCUCUUUGGUUACUGCCAACCUCAGUUUUAGCGUUAGCUGUAUCACUGACGGCUGGGAGGAAGACAGUUGCCGUGAUCAACAUCAAGUUUUCAGAAACCUUGUUCUGGACUACUUUCAAAAGUUGAGUUGUGCGACUGAGCUAAUAAUUGGAAGUUGGAUUGCAGAGGUCGUGUUCAUGUUGCAACUCGAAGGAGUGAUGCUUCCAGAAUUGAAAUGCAAAUGUUUAACUCUAAAGUGGCUUGUAAGAGAAUAUAAUCUGUAUGGAAUAGCUAGCCUUUUGCAAACCUCUCCUCUUUUGGAGUCACUCAACAUACACAUCAAAACUGAGUGUAAAGAUCCCCCCUGCCUGCUUGAGCAAAGCUAUUUCGCCGAAGUAGAUAACAUCAAUUUGCUGAGUUGGAUUCCAAACACGGUGUUUCCAAGUCUCAGGAAUGCUAAGAUUGUCGGCUGCCUAUGGUUUUGUUUGAAGAAGUGGUCUAAAGGGGACUUUUGUAAGCUUUUCGAACUUUCGAAGUGUCUACUAAAGAAUGCAGUGGCUUUACAGAAGUUUGUUAUUGUAGCAAAGAGAAGAAAAUGCGGUAUUUGUUCACAGAGCUGUGUGUCCCGACAUUUAUCAGGAUUGGCUAAGAAAUUGAUUGACAGCCAAAGAUCAUCAACGAAUUUUGCGGUUGUUUACCAAGAGUUUGCUUAGCAUGACCCUACCGGAAGAUGGUUUGUUGCGGCAUACUAGAAAUGUCACCUUAUAUUUUAGCUUUUGAUUUACUGCAGCUGUAAUUUUGAACAUGUGGCAUACCGAAUAUUAUGAUUGCUGCUUGGUUUCUUAGAAGAAUUGUUUGUUGCACUCUAGA